GGGAUCUAUAGUGGGGCACCCCAUUUCCCUCAACGCCUUUUACAACACUGAACUUGAAGCUGCCUUCUAAGUUGAACCUAACCUCGAUACCUCCUACCAACUACAUACGCGCUACUAGCCGGGUAUACACUGUCACUCAGAUAUUAAACUUUAGGUUUGGUUCAACGUACCUAUCAAUACUGAAAGUACAGUAGGUACAUAACCUAGUAGAUUCACACAGAAUCACCUUUAUACUCCUCCAAGUGGGGUGUGAUUUUAAAAUACUCACUACACAUUUAUCGAAUACAUAGAGGAGGAUAUUUCAGCCAUGCAAAACAGCAAUUCUGGUUCAUCUCGUCCACUUACUAGCCUGCCAAGCCAGUUGCACACCCCCACCCAGUCCUUUAGUGACGCCGCCUUCACUCCAGAAUCCACCAUGGAUGUGAAGCUAACUGCCUGGAACGAGCAGAAGGCUAAGGAUGAUUUAGAAUUGGCCAAGGCGAGGCUUGCUGACCAGAGGUUCAAUAUCAAGGACUAUGAGGAUCCUCUUCUUCCACGACAGCAUCCACCUUCUUACUACUAUCCUAAGGGCGUUACACAAGAGAUGGAAGCCCGUUUGGCAAAUCUCAUUGCCGAGGUGAAGGAUUCCACGAAUUGAAGAUUAUCACAUGGAUGUUCUCAACUAAAUAGCGUUGUCUUUACCACCAGUUGAUGUAUUUUAAAUACGUCCAUUUCUCUCCUAACAUAGCGCUAAUAUGAGUUACGAAAGUCAAUCCUAGCAUCUUUGAGAUUCGAUUCGUCACUUUUUUGUGACUUGCUACCAUAUAUUUUACGGCAAUAUCUGAAUGGAUCGUGUAGAUACGGUAUCAUCAGCCUCUGCCUAAGUGUAUUGAUCAACUCACUGCGCAAAUAUUUGCUAAGGUAGUCAUCUUAUGAACAGAGUCGAACAGGAGUAAUGAAAACUGUCUGAUUAGUCACAAUUUCCGUAGCAAAUGCUAUGAUAGAAACCACCCGACAUACUACACGGCAAAGAGCGUAC